AUGGCUGGACGCGGUCGAGGCCGAGCGAACACGCUGCCCGCGUGGAUGACCAAGGCGGGCCUCAACGCGUCGCCCGCCCCGGGCUCCGCGCCUCCGUCUGCUGGCGAGGGACCUCCGCCGCCUCCUCCUCCCCCGGCGCGCAACGGACAGUUCGACGACGCGCCCGAGCCAGCCCCGCGCGGCCCGCCGCCGAUGAACAACGGCAUGGGCGAGCCUUCGGGCGGCAAGCGGCGCUCCCGCUCUCGUGACCGUGGCAACGGACGCAAUGGCGGCGACUUCAGAGGCCCCCCGCCGCCCCAGGAGCGACCGCGCUCGCGCUCGAGAGACCGCAAUGGCAAUGGACGCGACCGGGACAGGGACUACCGUGGCUUUGAGUAUGGGGCGGACCGACGCCGUGAAGACUCGUACCGUCGUGGCCCGCCCCGCGGUCGUUCUCGCUCCCGUUCUCGCUCUCGUGACCGUCGGGACUACCGUGGAGACUACCGACGCGGCGGAGACCGCUACGAAGACCGUGGAUACUCUGCGCGCGGACCGAGGGACGAUGACUACCGACGCAAUGACGCACGCCCCAUGCGCAGGGAGGACGAAGCUAUGGAGCGUGGGUAUCGACGCCCCAUGCCGUCCAACGGACACGACGACCGCACGUCCCGCAGAUACGCGUCGGACUACCAGCCGUAG